GCAGGCGUUGUUGCUCUCUUUUCCUCUCCUGGUUCCUGCCACACCUGACGCCUGCGCAAUAAGACAACUGGGUGUAUUGUGGCGGCCGUCGGAGCAGAUAGCGGUCGAGGCGCGUGCCGCUGGGUCGUUACAGCGAGACGCAGGUGGUCCUCAGGCCGGCGGCGCGGGUUAGCCUUGGUUCCCGGGACCCAGCGUCUUUGAGCAGCUACCAUGUCGAUCUUCACCCCCACCAACCAGAUCCGCCUAACCAACGUGGCCGUGGUACGGAUGAAGCGCGCCGGGAAGCGCUUCGAAAUCGCCUGCUACAAAAACAAAGUCGUCGGCUGGCGGAGUGGCGUGGAAAAAGACCUUGAUGAAGUUCUACAGACCCACUCAGUGUUUGUAAACGUUUCUAAAGGUCAGGUUGCAAAGAAGGAAGAUCUGAUCAGUGCAUUUGGAACAGACGACCAGACGGAAAUCUGUAAGCAGAUUUUGACUAAAGGAGAGGUUCAAGUGUCAGAUAAAGAACGGCAUACGCAGCUGGAGCAGAUGUUCAGGGACAUUGCAACUAUUGUAGCUGAGAAGUGUGUGAACCCUGAAACAAAGAGACCAUACACUGUUAUCCUUAUUGAGAGAGCUAUGAAGGACAUCCACUAUUCGGUCAAAACCAGUAAGAGUACCAAACAGCAGGCUUUGGAGGUGAUAAAGCAGUUAAAGGAGAAAAUGCAGAUUGAACGUGCUCACAUGAGACUCCGGUUCCUUCUUCCAGUGAAUGAAGGGAAGAAGCUGAAAGAAAAGCUCAAGCCACUGAUCAAAGUCAUAGAGAGUGAAGACUACGGUCAGCAGUUAGAAAUUGUGUGUCUGAUUGACCCGGGCUGCUUCCGAGAAAUCGAUGAGCUAAUAAAAAAGGAGACAAAAGGCAAAGGUUCUUUGGAAGUACUCAACUUGAAAGAUGUGGAAGAAGGAGAUGAGAAAUUUGAAUAACAUCCGUCAAGCGCUUCAGCUCUAAAACACUAAAGCAUUUUCUUUUCCCACAGUCCUCUCUUCUUUCUGUGGUCUGCCAAAUACUUGCUCAAACUAUUUGACAUUUUCGAUCUUUGUGGUAAUGUGUACACAAAGAGACUCCUAAUACGUAUUACACUGUGGGAGGAUUCAUUCAGUUUUAAUCAUAAAGUGGGGUUUUAGGCAAAAAUGAAAAAUCCAAGAUACAGAGGGCAGAGUAGCUUUUUGCUGCUGUGUCAUGCCUUGUGCUUGGCAGCAUGCAAGUUACCUGAGGCAGGUCUUGUGGGUAAAAAGUUAAACUCUGUACAUUAUAAUAAGAUAAAUGGAGGAGGAUAUGAUAAAUAGUGUUUGCUGAAGAAAACAUAAUGUCUUAACGGAAUGUGUGGCCUAAUACAUAGUUUGGAUGAUGACUUCCUGAUUAUCUGAAAGCUAGCUCUGUGACCACUGCAGGACUAAAGUAAUAUUCAUUGAACGCGCUGCCGUAACCUAGAUUAUUCUCACUAAAAAAUAGUCAUUUGUUUCUAAUCCUUAAAGUUUAUAAUACAUAAUAUAGCGGAAUUAUUAUGUGCAAUCAAUAAAACCACUCUUUAUUUUUAUUAAACUGUGGCUUGUAUUUCUAGACAGCUUCCAAGCCCCCUUCCUUUUCUCUGCCUUUUGUCGGCUAGGGUUGGAGAAUUCUCGGCAGGAUGAAAUAAAUCCUAUGAGGAGUGGUUAGAGCCGGGCCUGUCCUGAUGGACACCUGAUAAAUCUUAGUUAUUUGGGAAGUAAUUGAAUAAAAUUUUUUUGUACUUAAACACUUAAA